GGGGAAAUCUGUAAAAUCCAGAGAAUUACUGACAUUUUUAACUAAAAGUCGACGGUAUUUAUUUGUUUACGAUGCGAUAUUUGUCCAUCUUGCUUCUGAAUUGGAUGCGGAUGUCUGUCGCCUCCGUUACAGCGAAUUCAACAAGGCGCGUGGCGCUGCUCACGGAUGUGGAAGGCAACUGGCAGUACGUGCGCAACGUAGUGCGCCAAUCGUCGUGUCUGCAGCUGACAGCCAGCGGCCAGGAGGAAACGCUGGAGCUGCGCGACGACUGCGUGCUAGUGUUUGGAGGAGAUGCGGGCGACAAAGGAGACUACACACUCAAAUGCUACGAGCAGCUUGUGCAUCUCAAGGAGAAGCAUCCUGAUCGCGUCGUGCUGCUCGUGGGAAAUCGCGACGUGAAUAAGAUGCGGCUAACGUCGGAGCUCAACGAUACCGAGAUGGACCUGAGUUUUAUGGCCAAAGGUUGGUGCUCUGCAGAAGAUAUGCUGGAGUAUUAGAGCGCUUGAUACGAACAUUUUAAUGUAAUGCAGAAAUUUUGGAGGGCCCGACGUGGGUGCCUCAGGACAAACGCGUAACAUUGAAGAAGUUCUUGGAAGAUCAACACAAAGGUCAAGAUGGGGCUCCUGGGAAGGAAGUGGUUAAUACCAAGGUGAACCGGCUGAAGUGGAUGCUGGAACACACAAUGGGAGCUCAAGGCGAUUUUGAGAGACGCCGCGCUGAGUUGAAGCUGCGUCAAGAAGUUGGUGACGAGAAGGGGGUGACGGAUGACGACGUUGUCAAGUCUUAUCUGGAUAGUGUCAAGGAAGGCGGGGUACUGCGCGAGUAUUUGCUCCACGGCAGCCUGGCAUUCGUGACACACCAGACUCUGUUUGUGCACGGUGGUAUUAUUAACGAGAACAAGGACGCCAGCUUGUCUGCUCUUGGUCGAGUGCCAGAUGAACCGUCGAAGCACUUUGAUUCGGUUUUGGAGUGGGUGGAUAAGCUCAAUGCCUGGUAUCGAAAUCAAGUUCAGGAGUGGAUCGACCUCCCAACGUGGAAUGAAGACCACUCUUCACGCGGCGGCAACGAACUGCUCAAUUACGUGCUGCCAGAUUACACCGGUAGUGUUGUCAUGGGCCGCCACCUUUUGCCGUCAGGGAUGCCGACUCCGAUACCGGCAGAGAUUGCAUCACUGCUUUCUGAAAGUGGCAUUCGACGGGUGAUUAUUGGCCACACACCUCAUGGCAAUUGUCCGACCGUCGUGAAGCAGCCCAGACACCAACAGGAUACUUGUGUAGCAGACCGCCGAAGCAAUGUCGAAGCUUUUGAAGAUGUUAUCAUGUGUGAUACAAGCUACAGCGACGCUGGUGCACCAGAUAACAGGGGCCGUGCUGCAACGGAAGUGGUGGUGGAACCCUCCGGGCGCGUGCUUGUGAAUGGCGUUCUGGAGGACGGACGACAUAUCAAGUAUGACCCAGACGAGGAUCCAUGGGUUGGUCGUUGGCUGCAAGACGGAACAAUGGUGAAGGCUCGUCUCGUCGAUGACGAAGCAAGUGAAGAAGCAUCAUAUCUGGUUUUCCAAGUGGAGAAUGGAUACUCCUAUACUUAUCACUACCGCACGGCCUCACAACUGCUAGAAAUUGGUCUGAAAAACUGAUCUUCGGCUUUAAAUGUUUUUGACCCAGCAAAAAUAGCGCUAGGAUCAGCAAAUACAUUUCAGUGCAUCCUUAAGCAGUCCGGCAAGAAUUAUGACUCUAGACACGUUGACUCGUGCGCAGGCAGAGGUGAGCCACGAUCGCCUUAAAAACUCGCUCGUACAGACAUCGCAGACAUUCCGC